UGUAUGACCUGUCUGGAGGGAUCGAGUACAAAAGGGUUUGGAGCCUCAUGCUGCGCCUGUAGAAACUUCAGUACCUAGCGAGCGUAGGAAGGAGAGUCCAACGACCGGCCAUGGCCCAAUUAGUGAAGAUAUUGAGCCAGGACGGCGACAAGUUGUACCUACUAUCCAUUAGUGGCGAUGAUGUCGUUCUUGCGCGUGAAGAUCCCCGUGACAAAACGCAGCAAUGGUUCAAGGACUACUCCCGAUCCAGCAAUUUGACCGAUGAUAACGGCCGAAGGACAUUCGCGCUGGUGAACAAGGCCACACGACAAGCAAUUGUGAACAGAAAAGAUACAAGCAUGCAAAGUGAUCUUCAAUAUCGUCGCGGCGACGUAAUCAAGCAGGUGGAACUGGCCCCUUACAACUAUGAUGAUCGUGUGGAUAUCUCCAUGCUAUGGACCGAGCUCGCGGAGAACGGUAACGAUGACGGCUUUAACAUAAUUGCGGUGCUCAGCGACAACUCUCUGAUGCUUUGUUGGCAACAUGACGGCAAUAAUGUCAGUACGGGUCAGGGCAUGGUAACCGUUAACUAUUUUUCUGGUCAAGGCAACCGGCACUGGAAGAUAGUUCCCGUAGGCCGCAACGCGUGGUGAAGGUUCUGUUAAAACGCGUCACUAAUUAGAUUUCUAAAGCUUCAGACUGAAUCUAUUACUGAAGUGUGUCGUCCAUUAUAAAACAUGUCAUUAAUAUUGGGUCAAAAAAUUCCAAAAGGCAUAGUGACGCGUUAUUACUUCAAAAACCCUUCACUAAUGGGUGUUAUUAGUGAUGAAUAUUUACAUGUCACUAAUAUGAUUUAAGAUCAUUCUCCAUUCA